GCUGCCGUCUUUCAAAAUUGGGUGUGUAGUAUAACGUUAACGGAGAAAUUAAUUGCUUUUUUACUCUUUGGACACUUUAAAACGUGACUUCACCUUGCGGCCAUAUACAGCUCAACAAACACCCUCCUCGUUAAAGAAAAGAAGAUACUCUUUUGCAGUACAGCGGCAUCCUGCAUGGUUGGUGUUCUGUGCAGAGAUGGCGCUGGAGGAAAGGGCGCGGAGCUGUCUGCUGCGCUUUCGCCACAAACUGGAAGAAGACAUCAAGCCGUCAUACCUGAUGGACCACAUGGUCAGUGAUGGUGUGAUGAGUGUGGAUGAGGAGGAGAGGAUCAGGACUCAGCCCACCAGGAAGGAUCAGGCUGUGGCUCUGCUGGAGCUGCUGCUGAGGAAGGACAACCGUGCCUAUGUCUCCUUCUACAACGCCCUGGUCAAGGAGGCAUAUAAUGAUUUGGCCAAUAUGCUUCAUGAUGACCUACCGCAGAUCUCACCUAGUGCACAUAAGAGCUCCUCCAAUGGCUCCACAUCUUAUGUUCAGAUGAUGCUGAGUGAAGGUGGUGUACCACAGAGGCCUGUGGUUUUUGUCAGCCGACCAGAGCUUUUGAAUCGGGUCAGAGAGAAGCUCUACCGGCUGCAAAAGGAGCCUGGCUGGGUCACUGUCUUCGGGAUGGCUGGCUCGGGCAAAUCAGUACUGGCUGCGGAGGCUGUCAGAGACCACAGGAUCAUCGAAGAGUGCUUUCCUGGAGGCAUCCACUGGUUGUCCAUUGGCCAACUGGACAAACCAGACCUGCUGGUGAAGAUCCAGUCAUUGUGUUUCCGUCUGGAGCAGAGCCUGGAUUCCCAUUCCCUCCACCGGCCCCCUAGCUCUCUCGAUGAAGCCAAGGAGCGUCUGCGGUUCCUCAUGCUGCGCAGAUAUCCGAGAACUCUGUUGAUUCUAGAUGACAUCUGGGACAGUGCAGUGCUGAAGGUAUUUGAUAUCCAGUGUCGGAUACUUCUGACCACCAGAAACAGAAGCCUUACUGAUUCAGUUAGUGGUGCUAGAUAUGAGGUGGAAGUGGAGAGUGGUCUGGAUGAAAGCAAAGGACUGGAGAUCCUCGCUCUGUAUACUAAUACUAAACUCCACACACUACCUGAGGAGGCUCGCAGCAUUGUCAGAGAAUGUAAAGGCUCCCCUCUGGUGGUAUCCUUGAUCGGGGCUCUGCUCAAAGAGAAACCCAACCGUUGGCGUUACUACCUCUGCCAGCUGCAGCAGAAGCAGUUCAAGCGUAUACGGAAGUCAUCAUCUUAUGACUACGACGCCCUGGACCAGGCCAUGGCUGCGAGCAUUGAGGUCCUGCCUGAUGAACAUCGAGAGCUCUACAAGGACCUCACUGUGCUAGAGAAGGACAUUAAAAUCCCUGCUAAGGUGCUGUCUAUUCUGUGGGACCUGGAGCCGGAGGAGGUGGAAGACAUUCUCGAGGAGUUUGUCAACAAGUCUCUGCUUUUUGUGGACAGUAACAAUAAACCCUACCUGUAUUACCUCCAUGACCUUCAGCUGGACUUCCUGGUGGAGCAGAACCGCACCCAGCUUGAGACCCUUCACACUAAAGUGGUGCAUCAGUAUCAGCAGCACUACAGAGAUGGUCCUCCCACCUCAGGAGAUGAAGAAUGUCUUUAUUGGAUCAGAUUUUUGACCUACCACAUGGCUAAAGCCAACCUUUCCCAGGAGCUCUACUCCCUCAUGUUUUCUCUGGACUGGGUUAGGAUCAAAGCCAAGAUAAUGGGUCCAGCCCACCUUAUCAAUGACUAUGUGGAGUAUGGACCAAUUCUGGACAAAGAGAACAGUGAAGUACGCAGUCAGUUCCAAGAGUUUCUGUCUCUGAACGGCCACCAGCUGGAGCAGCGUCCUUUCCCUGAUGUGGUGCAGCUUGCUCUGUCUCAGCCGCACACCUCCGAGGUCUACAGGCAGGCUCUGCAGGAGGCACAGGACCGAGCCAGCACAGGGCAACUCUACUUUGACUGGACGAAUAAGAACAGUGUAGAGAGUCUUUGCCGUCUGGUGAUCCACCCCCACCAAGGUUCUGUCAAUUCUGCCUGCUUCUCCCAUGACGGAGUCAAGAUCGCCACCUGUGGAGCCAGCAAGACACUCAAGGUGUUUAAAAGCACCUCAGGCGAGAAGCUCAUGGAGAUCCAGGCCCAUGACGAUGAGGUGCUCUGCUGUGCCUUCUCCCCCGAUGACUGUCUCCUAGCAACCUGCUCUAGUGACAGGAAAGUAAAGGUGUGGAAUGUGGAGCGAGCCGUUCUCCUGAGGGUCUUUGAGGAGGAGCACAAAGAGCAGAUCAACCACUGUCAGUUUACAAACAUGAAACGACGCGUCCUCCUGGCCACCUGCUCCAACGACGAUUUCUUGAAUGUCAAGGUGUGGAACCUCAACAAGCCAUCCUCUCAGAACACCAUGUUUGGCCACUCUGAGCCAGUCAACCACUGCUGUUUCUCCCCUGACGACACCUAUUUAUCCACCUCCUCCAACGAUGGCACUGUUAAGCUAUUUCGGGUGUCGUCUGCCAAUGAGUGGAAGACGAUCAAUGUGAGCAGCAUGUUUACAGAGGGCGAUGAAGAGGUCCUUGUCAAGUGCAGCACCUGGACUGCAGAUGGCAAACGUAUCAUAUGUGCUGCCAGGAACGCUGUUUUGGUGUUUGAUGUGGAGACGUCAGAUAUGUUGUUGGAGAUCAGAACAAAUCGUCUGAGCACCGUGCAAUACUGUCACGCCUGCCCAACCAGUAACCUGCUGGCCAUUGCAUUCUCAAACUACGCUGUGGAGCUGUGGGACUUGGAGGCCAAUAAAAAGAUGGCCGAUUGCAGUGGGCACCUGAGUUGGGUCCAGCGUGUUCAGUUCUCUCCUGAUGGCUCGGAGCUGCUCUCUUGCUCCGACGACCAGACUGUCAGAUUAUGGGAGACUAAGAAGGUUCACACCUCCUCAGCCGUCUGCCUGAAGAGAGACUCUGAUGUUCUCUUCAGUGAUGAAGAAAUCAUUGUGUCAGCGGCAGACAACUGCAACAGACUGCAGGUGCGUGAUGGCCGGACGGGAUCAGUGCUGUUCCAGUCAGAAGAGAAGUCGUCCAGGAUUCGGUGUACCUGUAUGUGCAGACAGCCUCCUGCGGUUGCCCUUGGCCAAGAGGAUGGCACCGUACAGGCAAAAAGGCUGACAGCUAAUCAGGUACUGAGGAUGGUUGGCCGCAGGAUCCGACGGCUGUUGACCUCUUACAGGGGGUUGCUGCUGGCUGUAGGGCUAAGCACAGGCGGCGUUCAGGUGUUGGAGGUGCCCUCUGGGAAGCUUCUGACCACUUUGCUGGGACAUACUAAGACGGUGCUGCAUUGCCAGUUCAGCCAGAACGGCCAAACCCUCAUCACAUCCUCCGAGGACACCACCAUUAGGGUGUGGAGGUGGCAGUCUGGGGAGGGCAGAGUACUUCAGGGUCACAAAGAGCGGGUCACAUGUUUCUCUCUGCUCUCCAACUCACCAGCCAACACAAGAAUGCUGUCCUGGUCCUUCGAUGGUACUGUCAAGGUGUGGGACAUAGAAAGUGGAGAGAAGCUACAGGACAUCGAGGCACAUCAGGGAGCCAUUCUGUCCUGUCACGUCUCACCAGAUGGAUGCUUCUUCGCCACCACCUCUGCUGACAAGACUGCUAAGUUGUGGCACCGUGAUUCCUGGCAGUGUGUCCACACACUGAGCGGCCACCAAGACUGUGUCCGCAGCUGCCGAUUCUCCUGGGACGGCCGACGCCUCGCAACCGGAGAUGACAAUGGAGAGAUCCGGCUCUGGAGUGUCAAGGAAGGCUCGUUGCUGAAGAUUUGUUCGCGGGAAGGUAAAGACGGUAUGGACUCACUCCACGGAGGGUGGGUGUCUGACCUGCACUUCUCCCCAGACAACUCUCUUCUGGUCUCGACCGGCGGCUAUAUCAAGUGGUGGGAUGUGGAGAAAGGCGAGGCCCUGCAGACCUUCUAUCCAACGGGGUGCGCUUUGAAGAGGAUCCACGUGUCGUCCGACUUCUCCACCUUCGUCACCAUCGACAGCAUCGGCAUCCUCUACAUCCUCCAGAGGGUGGUGUAACAGACAAACCCGCCAGCAGCACUCACAAAAACCUAAGAAAAAAAAAAAAGACAGGAACCAAACACACACAAUUUACAUUUCCGCUGCAUUCUACAGAAUUUAU